AACACCGAUUCCACCACCAACCAUCAUAGCACAAUGAAGGUUAUUGUUUCCGCCGACGAUUCUGGUUCCUUGAAGGAAGUUAAAUGUGUUAGAGGAACCGACACGGCUUCUCAGACCGCACCACAGCCAUCAGCCAUCGAGACGUAUUGCACCACGACGCUUGCGCAGAAAGUUCAGCAAUUGAUCGUGUGCACUAUCAAUAACCGCCAGGUGGCUCUCGCAGCCAGACGCACCGGUACAUUGGAAGUGAUUGAUCUUGAAACCUACGAAGUUGUAAAGAAAUUCGAGGCCUUGUCUGCAGCCUUGACCGACCCAUUUAUUGCGCUUAUCUUCAACGAAACUCACAUCUACCUUGCUACGCAAUCUGGCUUGGUGACUAUUAUCGAUCCAAACGGCGGUAAAUUUGACUUGCCUCCGGUGAAGAUCAACUUGCGGGGCCCUUUGAGUGCCUUCAUCAACCAUCCGUUACAGAAAGCCGUGUUUGCGUAUGGUGGUAAGGACAACGAUUUAAAGGUUGUCUCGAUUACCAAUGAUAACAAGUUGACUAAAUUGUCCAUUUCCAAGAAGACCAAGGCAGAAGACGUCAAGAUCACUCAACUUUUCCAGGCAAAGAACGUCAAGAACGACCACUUGGACUUGAGGGUACCGGUGUGGAUUUCGAAGAUUAUGUUCCUUGACCCGGUCGCCAGUGCGGACCCAAAGCACUGGGAGCUUGCAACCAUCACCAGAUACGGCCAGUUGAGAAAGUAUGUCACUUCUAACGGCAGAAAACCAAUCCAGGACAUCAAGGUGUCGGAAAAGCCGUUGCUUACGUUGACCUCAACACCUAAUUCCGAGGAGAUCAUCUGUUCGGAUUCCCACACCACCACUGCCAAGUACAACAUGACCACCGGCAGACUUGUGGGUAAGUUCCCCGGUGCGGUGGGUGCCAUCCAAGCGCUCCACGCUGACUUUGAGUCCGGUUUGAUCUCCACUGGAGGGUUGGAUCGUUACUUGAGAGUGUUUGACAUUGUAUCCAGAGAGUUGGUUGCUAAGGUCUAUAUUGGGUCCAAGAUCAGCAGCGUUUGGUUUUUGGAAGAUGACGAACCGGUCGAGGAGGUUGCGGUUAAGCACACUUCCAGAAAGAGAAAGACCGAAGAAGAGGAAGAGGAAGAUAGCGAGACUGAGGAGUUGUGGAAGAAGUUGGAGAAGAAGCCGGCGAAGAAGAGAAGGGAUUAGAGACGGUGGACUUAUUGUACAAUAGAUAGAUAUGCGAUUUCACCAGAG